UGUUGCUGGUUCACCACUGCUUGCCCUCGCCCCCGGCCUAGUGUGAGGAUCGGCAUCGUUGCCUUAUCGCCGCGCAUAUUGAACAUCCAGAGAUCCUUCUUCUGCCUUCCUCCUCUCGCCUUCCGUCCUCACCCUGUACAUUUUUUCUCACCCUGUCCAUAAUCUCGGUUGUUGCAAACAUUGUCAUCUAGCGGCGCAGUACAUGCAUCUAAAGGUCUCCAACGUCUCCUCUUUUUUCACCUUCCCCGCUUCGUUCCACCUGCGGCUUGUCCGCUCGAUAAAAUGGCGGAGUCCAACACAAAGAUCGUCGAUCCCUACCGUCGGUCGUCGGUCUCCGAUCCUCUUGCAGACAAGUUGAAGCCCACCGACCUAGAGAGUCAGAAACAACAGGUCGGGUCAGGUUCCGACUCGGAAGGUGAAAUUGGCCGACAGAUUGAGCUCGAGUCGGAAAACUCGAUAAAGUACAGAACAUGUAGCUGGCAAAAGACGGCCGCUCUCCUCUUUUCCGAGUACAUUUGUCUGGCUAUCAUGUCGUUCCCGUGGGCCUACUCCGUUCUUGGGCUGGUACCGGGGUUGAUCCUCACGGUGUUCAUCGCUGCGGUCGUGCUCUAUACCUCCUUGACCAUCUGGAAGUUCUGUUUGCGGCAUCCUCACGUACGCGACGUCUGCGACAUCGGACAGGUGAUCUUCGGGAACUCCAAGAUUGUUUGGUACGGCACAGCGAUCAUGUUCUUGCUGAACAAUAUCUUCAUCCAGGGCUUGCAUUGUUUGGUCGGCGCAGAGUAUCUUAACACGAUCAGCAACCAUGGGGCCUGCACUAUCGUGUUCUCCUUGGUCACUACAAUCAUCGCGCUGAUUUGCUCUCUCCCACGGACGUUCGACGCUCUGUCAAAGGUUGCGACUCUCUCCGCUUUCUUCACAUUUGUAUCUGUCCUGCUCGCGAUGAUAUUUUCCGGCAUUGAGGCGCACCCGGCGGGCUACACCCCUGCGCAAGGCGACCCGAUCGUGAAAGCCCUUCCUGUGGCGGGAACGACGUUUGUGUCGGGCAUGAGCGCCUUCUUGAAUAUCAGCUACACCUUCAUUGGUCAGAUCACCCUUCCGAGUUUCAUCGCGGAGAUGAAGGAGCCCAAGGAUUUCUGGAAAUCGGUCACCGUGGUCACCAUCGCCGAAGUGAUUGUGUUCAGCUUGGCUGGGUCCAUUGUCUACGUGUACACCGGCAACCAGUACAUGACCACACCAGCAUUCGGGUCGCUGGGUAAUGAGGUAUACAAGAAGGUGUCUUUUUCGUUCAUGAUCCCGACCUUGAUCUUCCUGGGUGUGCUGUAUGCGUCCGUGUCUGCUCGUUUCAUCUUCUUCCGCAUAUUUGAAGGCACGCGCCACAAGGGUAAUCAUACCGUUGUUGGAUGGGCAGCCUGGAUCGGCAUCCUGGUCGUCCUGUGGGUGUUGGCGUUUAUCAUCGCGGAGGUGAUUCCCUUCUUCUCCGACCUGGAGUCGAUCAUGAGCUCCCUGUUCGAUUCCUUCUUUGGCUUCAUUUUCUGGGGGACGGCCUACCUGCGCAUGCGACGGGAGGACUACGGACCCAAUUUCUACAAGAACCGGGGCAUUCGCGGUUGGAUCGGUGCGAUUGUCAAUGUGUUUUUGAUUUGCACUGGGCUUUUCUUCCUUGGCCCGGGAACCUACGCAUCCAUUGAGAGCGUCAUUAUCAGCUAUGAGGAAGGAACCGUGGGCACCCCGUUCUCCUGUGCCAACACGGGAUUGUAAAUAUACCCGACAGGAGCCCUGCUGUCUUUUUCCCCCAUUGCACACACUUUAAAAUCCGGCUGGGGGUGCCGGAACGUCAGAGCGAUGAUGGUUAUUUAAUGAAUUCUCGCCAUGUGUUACAUUGGAUUCUGUUUAGUUGGACAUACCCUUGGAAGCAAAUGAAACAUUGACUGCCGGCGCCGUGAUUGCGGCAACAGGCUGUGCGCC